CGGGGUCGUCGGCGGGCCCCGGGUUGGGAGCGGGAUGGAGACUCCGGAGGAGCGGCGCGGCCGGCCGCGGCCCCCGCCCCCCGACCUCAGCCGCUCGGCGCACGUCCCCUCCCUGCAGCGAUACCGGGACCUGCACCGACGAUCGCUGGACCGGCCGCACGAGUUCUGGGGAGACGUGGCCAAGGAGUUUUUCUGGAAAACCCCGUGCCCCGGGCCCUUUCUCGACCACAAUUUCGACGUGACGAAAGGGAGGAUCUUCAUCGAAUGGAUGAAAGGGGCCACGACCAACGUCUGCUACAACGUGCUGGACCGGAUCGUCGGGGACAAGGACCUCGGGGAUAAAGUCGCCUUUUACUGGGAAGGCAACCGGCCCGGGACGGCCUCCACGACCACCUACCGAGAGCUGCUGGCCCAGACGUGCCGGUUCGCCAACGUGCUCAAGACGCUAGGAAUUAAGAAAGGCGACCGGGUGGCCAUCUACAUGCCCAUGAUUGUGGAGCUGGUGGUGGCCAUGCUGGCCUGUGCCCGGAUCGGAGCCGUCCACUCCGUCGUGUUUGCAGGUUUCUCAGCUGAAUCGCUGUGUGACCGCAUCAUGGACUCCAGCUGUGCCCUCCUCGUCACCGCAGAUGCUUUUUUCCGCGGAGACAAGCUGGUUAACCUGAAAGAGAUCGUGGACGAGGCUCUGAGAAAGUGCAGAGACAAGGGCUUCGCCGUGCGCCACUGCAUCGUGGCCAAGCACCUGUUCCGAGCAGCGCCGGCGGCUGACGGCCCGGGCGGACGGUCUCCCCCGUCCAAGCGGCCGUGUCCGGACGGGCAGGGCAAGCAGAUUCCCUGGAACGCGGACGUGGACCUCUGGUGGCACGAGCUGAUGGGGGAGGCGGGCGACACGUGCGAGCCGGAGUGGUGUGACGCCGAGGACGUCCUCUUCAUCCUCUACACCAGCGGCUCCACGGGCAAGCCCAAGGGCGUCGUGCACACGAUGGGCGGCUACCUGCUCUUUGCCGCCACUUCGUUCAAAUACGUCUUCGACUACCACCCGGACGACGUGUACUGGUGCACCGCCGACAUCGGCUGGAUCACCGGUCACUCCUACAUCACCUACGGCCCCCUGGCCAACGGGGCCACCUGCGUCCUGUUCGAAGGGCUCCCCACCCACCCCGACCCCGGCCGCGUGUGGAGCAUCGUGGACAAGUACCAGGUGACCAAGCUCUACACGGCCCCCACGGCCAUCCGGCUGCUCAUGAAGUUUGGGGACGAGCCGGUCGCCAAGCACUGCAGGCGGUCUCUGAAGAUCCUGGGUACCGUGGGCGAGCCCAUCAACCCCGAGGCCUGGCUGUGGUACUACGCCGUGGUGGGGGAGGAGCGCUGCCCCGUGGUAGACACCUUCUGGCAGACUGAAACGGGUGGCCACAUGCUGACCCCUCUCCCGGGGGCCACCCCCUUGAAGCCUGGCUCCGCGACGUUCCCGUUCUUCGGCGUGCACCCUGCCAUCCUCAACGAGGCUGGGGAGGAGCUGGAAGGAGAGGCCGAGGGCUACCUGGUCUUCAAGCGUCCGUGGCCGGGCAUCAUGCGCACCAUCCACGGCGACCACACGCGCUUCGAGGCCACUUACUUCCGCCGCUUCCCCGGUUACUUCGUGACGGGCGACGGCUGUCGGCGGGACCGGGACGGCUACUACUGGAUCACCGGGCGUAUGGACGACAUGCUCAAUGUCUCCGGUCACCUGCUGAGCACGGCCGAGGUGGAGUCGGCGCUGCUGCAACACGAGGCCGUGUCCGAGGCGGCGGCGGUCAGCCGCCCCCACCCCAUCAAAGGGGAGUGCCUCUACUGCUUCGUCACCCUCCGACAGGGCCUCGCCUUCACCCCCGCCCUCCAGGAGGAGCUGAGGCUGCAGGUUCGAGAGAAGAUCGGCCCCAUCGCCACGCCGGACUACAUCCAGAACGCUCCGGGCCUGCCCAAGACGCGCUCGGGGAAGAUCGUGAGGCGGCUCCUGCGGAAGGUGGCCCGGAACGACCCAGACCUGGAGGACGUAUCCACCGUGGCCGACCCCUCCGUCAUGACUCACCUCUUCGAACACCGCCGCCCCGCGGCCCCGUGACCGGCGGGGCCGGCCCGGGAGGUCGGGGCGGGGAUCCCGGGGUCCGGUGCCCUGCACGGAGUGAGCGCCCGAUAGGAACGGUCGAACGGGCGAAUGGCGGGGCGGAGGGGAAUCCACCGGUGGCUGGGUCUCUCUCCUAGCGGAGCCGGCCCGGCCCGCCUUCCCGCUGCUCCUCUCCAUUGCCCCGGACACCCCUUCCUCCGCCCCCGCUUCCUUCCUCCCUACUGUUGCUCCUCUUCACGGCUCACUGCCCCUCCUGCUUCUGCCCCGAGCCCCCCUCCCGCACCCCCGCUGCCUCCCCCCAAGCCCCGAGAACCCCCUCCUUCCCGCCGUCGCCGCGGACGCCCGCUCCCCCCCGCUACUUCCCAUCUGCGGAGGGGAGCCCGUCCCCGGGGUUGACCCCAAGAGGGUUGGGAGGGGAGAAGGCGGCAUCGAGGCCGGUCAACUCCUCCCUCCCUUCCCCCGCACCCCACGGCUGGGCAACACGUGCCCAGGCGGGGCGGACGGCGCCCCCCAGCCGCAAGCUGCCGUCGACGGUCUUCCCGGUGCGCGCCGAGCCGGCAGCGGAGGCGGCGCCCAUCCGGCCACCCGUCCCUCCCCCGAGGGCGGCCGGUGCAGCGCAGCCUACGGGGCCCGACGCCUGCCCCGCCCUCACCGGGCCUGCACCCUCCGCCCCAGCCUGGCUGUCCGCAGAGCCCCGGCGGCGGCGCCGAGUCCCGGGCCCGGCCUCCGGAGGCCUGCGGCUGGGGGCCCGCACCCCGCCCUCGGGGCCGGGGAGGGAUGGAUGGUCGGACCUCCUCCUCCUCCUCCUCCAAUCCCCUGGUUCCCUGCCCAGUCCUCGGGGCUGUGGUUUCCUCUGACGGAGGGCGAGGGGCCGCGGGGCUGUCCUCGCGUCCCACCCUGCCCACGCUUCCCCACGCUCUGCGCCGGGAGGGACAGGAAUAAACGCCCAAGAGAA